CUAGUACUAGUAACUUCCUACUAUGUCAAAGUCGCCGUGGGGCUCAGAUAUCGGGAGCCCGGGACCGAUCACGAUGCGAAAAAUUCGCUUCCAUUUGUUUUAUAUAAGUCGCGCCCUCGUGACGGUCAGAUCAGACCCUUACUCCAUCCUCACGCUGCCUGCCAUGCGACUGGUCUGUAACUGUUAAGCCCCGAACCAUCACUCGCCAUUCUAUACACAACUCGGCUCGUUCUUUGCCACCGCACUGUCGGCUGCCCACAAUGGUUAGCAGCGAUGGAACGGACCUUGAGAAGCACGCUGGCGUGAGCCAGUUGCCCUACGAGGACAACACCGGCGCUGUUGCUGGCGAAACCUUUGAAUAUGGCGAUUCGUUAUACGCCAAGAUGCAGCGUUUUGCUGGCAAGCUCAAUGUCGAGCAACGAGGCAUUGAGCGUGUGCCCGACGAUGAGAGAACAGAUACCUCGUAUCUGAACGUGGGAAGCAUGUGGCUUGCCGCGAAUAUGGUCGUUACCUCCUUUGCGAUCGGCGUGCUCGGGCAAUCGCUCUUCUACGUCGGAUUUGUCGACGGUAUCUUGACCGUUCUGUUCUUCAACUUCCUCGGUAUCAUGACGGUGUGCUUCUUCUCGGUAUUUGGGGCUGAGUUCGGUCUUCGUCAAAUGGUCGUGUCGCGCUUUUGGUUUGGCUGGUGGGGGGUGAAGCUGAUCGCGUUCUUUAACGUCCUCGCCUGUAUUGGUUGGUCGUCAGCCAAUGUCAUCGUCGGCGCACAGCUAAUCAACGCGGUGAACAACGACGUCCCCGGCUUUGCUGGCAUUAUCAUCAUUGCAGUUUGCACACUGCUGAUCACGUUCUUUGGUUACAAGGUGGUGCAUCUCUACGAGUUUUGGAGCUGGAUUCCAACUUUUAUCGUUUUCUUGAUCACCUUGGGCGUGUUUGCCCACUCUGGAGAUUUCGUGAACGUCCCCAUGGGCGUGGGCACUUCUGAGCUCGGUGGUGUGCUCUCCUUUGGAUCGACUGUUUAUGGCUUUGCAACUGGCUGGACCAGCUAUGCGGCAGAUUACACUGUGUACCAACCUGCGAAUCGCAGCCGGGUAAAGCUUUUCCUCGCGACAAUGCUUGGCCUGAUCUUCCCACUGCUUUUCACCGAAAUGCUCGGCGUCGCUGUCAUGACUGCCACUACCCUCAAUGACGGCGUCAACAAGUACGCAGACGGCUAUGCAGCUUCUGGUACUGGUGGACUUUUGGGUGCUGUUCUGUUCGACCCUCUUGGUGGGUUUGGCAAAUUCUGCGUGGUUAUCCUUGCUCUGUCAAUCAUUGCCAACAACUGCCCGAAUAUCUACUCUGUCUCUCUCACACUUUUGGUCCUGGCUCGCUGGACUCGCAAGGUGCCUCGCUUUGUUUACACGCUGAUUGCCACUGGUGUCUAUAUCGCCAUUGCCAUCCCUGGAUACUCGCAUUUUGAAACUGUGCUGGAUAAUUUUAUGAACUUCAUCGGAUACUGGCUUGCCAUUUACGAGGGCAUCGCACUGACUGAUCACUUCGUCUUCAAGCGAGGAUUCAAUGGAUACCAUGCCGAAAUCUACGAUCAACCGGACAAACUACCGCCUGGAAUUGCGGCUGUUUUUGCUUUCUGCUGUGGUAUUGCCGGCAUGGUUACAGGCAUGAGUCAGACUUGGUGGGUUGGGCCAAUUGCUCUUCAUGCUGGUGAAGCUCCUUUUGGUGGCGAUGUGGGCUUUGAACUGGGCUUUAUCUUUGCUGCUACAGCAUAUCUAAUUACUCGUCCGAUUGAGAUGAGGUAUUUUGGGCGGUGAUCUCUUUGAUUUUUUUUAAAAAAGAAAGUGGAUGUUCAUGUAUGAGGGUUGUUAUAUUUUAUUUACCAGGGUCAUAAAAUAGCCUUAAUUCAUUAUUAAAUUGGCUCUA